AAAGUUUUUUAUCCCGUUUUAAUUUCAAAGAUCUUAAUGUAAAAAGAAAACGUGGUUUACCUUUUGGUGCUACAAUAGAGCUUGCUGAAAAAAUAUAUAAUAUUAAUCAAAGGAGUAAAUUAGAACCUGUAACAAAAAAAUAUAAAGACCCUUCUGAUCCUAAAUCAUAUGGAAGAAAGUAG